CAGACCCUGUGCAUGUGGAGGAAGUAUUCCAGAGCACUGGCGCUGCCAACUGCCGACUCUCUGGCAGAGAAGACGCAGAGCCUGCGGGGUCUGAGCUGCUGGUGCCUCUGGGGGAGUCUGUGCCCGAGGUGCCCUGUCCCCCUCCUACCGUGCCUCCACUCUACCCACCAGGGCCCUCGGGGCAGGUGGCAGACACACCGGCUGAGGUGUUCCAGGCCCUGGAGCAGCUGGGGCACCGGGCCUUCCGCCCUGGGCAGGAGUGUGUGGUCAUGCGGAUCCUGUCCGGCAUGUCCACGCUGCUGGUGCUGCCCACGGGAGCUGACAAUUCCUUGUGCUACCAGCUGCCCACACUGCUCUACUCCUGGCGCAGUCCCUGCCUUGCACUUGUCAUCUCUCCCCUCAUGUCACUUAUGGACGACCAGGUGUCCGGCCUGCCCCCAGUCCUGAAGGCAGCCUGCAUCCACUUGGGGAUGACUGGGAGGCAGCGGGACUCUGCACUGCAGAAGGUUCAAUGCCCAGAGGCGUUGGUUGGGGCUGGGGCCUGGGGUGCUGCCUUCCUCACUCAGCUCCCCACAGUUGCCUUCACUUGCGUCGACAAGGCCCGCUGCCUCUCUCAGUGGUCCCACAACUUCCGGCCCUGCUACCUGCGUGUCUGAAGGGAACGCCUGGGUGUCAGCUGCUUCCUGGGUCUCACAGCCACAGCCACACGCAGCACUGCCCGUUACGUGGCCCAGCACCUGGGUGUGGCUGAGGAGUAUGUCCUCGGCGGCCCAGUCACCAUCCCAGCCAACCUGCGUCUCUCUGUGUCCACAGACAAGGACCCAGACCAGGCUCUGGUGACACUGCUGCAGAGUGACCAUUUUCAUGCCCUGGGUUCUGUCAUCAUCUACUGCAACAGGCUAGAGGACACGGAGCGUGUUGCUGCACUGCUGCGCACCUGCCUGCGUGAGGCCUGGGCCCCGGGCCCUGGAGGCCAAGCCCUGGAGGCUGUGGCCGAAGCCUACCAUGCCAGCAUGUGCAGCCGGGAGCGGCGGCGGGUGCAGCGGGCCUUCAUGGAGGGCUGGCUGUGGGUGGUGGUGGCCACGGUGGCCUUCGGGAUGGGGCUGGACCGGCCGGACGUGCGGGCCAUGCUACAUCUGGGGCUGCCCCCAAGCUUUGAGAGCUAUGUGCAGGCUGCGGUCGGGGCUGGGCGUGAUGGGCAGCCCACACACUGCCACCUCUUCCUGCGGCCCCAGGGCGAGGAUCUCUGGGAGCUGCGUAGACAUGUGCAUGCCAAUACUGUCGACUUCCUUGCUGUGAAGAAGCUUGCUCAGUGCGUGUUCCCUCUCUGCGCCUGCGCCCAGAGGCCCCCAGAGCAGGAGGGAGCCAUCGAGACCCUGCUCUGCUACCUGGAGCUGUACCCACAGCGCUGGCUGAAGCUACUGGCACCCACCUAUGCCCGCUGCCACCUGCGCUGCCCCAGGGGCGCCACCCAACUCCAGGCCCUGGCCCGCAGGUGUCUUCCCCUGGCUGUGUGCUUGGCCUGGCAGCCCCCUGAGAACACAGGUGGGGAGAUCAGUUCUGUGGAGUUUGACGUGGUUGAGCUGGUGGACUCAAUGGGCUGGAAACUGGCCCCCAUGUGGCAGGCUCUUAACCAGCUGCACUGGGACCCAGAGCGCAGGACCCAGAGUGUGCCUCGGGAUGGGGUGCUGGUGGAGUUCAGGGAGCUAGCCUUCCACCUGUACAGCCCCGGGGACCUGACAGCCCAGGAGAAGGACGAGAUCUGUGACUUCCUACACGGCCGUGUGCAGGCUCGAGAGCCAGAUGCCCUGGCCAGUCUGCACCGCACCUUCUGGGCUUUCCACAGCAUAGCCUUCCCCAGCUGCGGGCCAUGCCUGGAGCAGCCCAGCGAGGACCGCAGCAGUCAGCUCAAGGCUCUGCUCAGUCGCUACUUCGAGGAUGAGGGCCCUGGGGACAGGGAGGAGGAGCAGGGCCCAGAGCCAGGACAGGCCCAGCUCCCGGCCUGGGAGGAGCAGAUCUUCCGGGACAUCCGCCACCUCCUGUCUUCCUGGCCAAAGCAGCAGUUCUCGGGCAGGGCUGUGGCCUGGGUCUUCCACAGCAUCAGGAGCCCCCGCUGUCUGGCCCAGGUGUAUGGGCGGGACCGGUGCUUCUGGAGAAAGUGCCUGCUCCUGAGCUUCCAUGCCCUGAUGCACCUGGCCACGGAGGAGGCCCUGCUGUGGGGCCGCUGACUGCCCUGUGCAGGGGGCCCUGUGCGCCCACAUCACAGACGUGGCCUGAGCAGGGGCUGCACAGCCGGUGUGCAGGGUGUCACAUGCAGCAGUUCAGCAAGGCAGAAUGGGGUAUCAGUGACCAGGACCGUGACCAACCACCCUGGGCAAAGCCCACCACCAGGAGCAUGGGGGCAAGGCAGCUACAGAAUAAAAGAUGCUCAGGUUGCAAAAAAAAAAAAAAAAAAAAAAAUGCAGGUGUUGGACUAGUUGAUCUUUCUAAAAGUUUAUGACUCCAUGCUUGUAACCCACCCCGCGAGUGUUCCAAAUGGACAGAGAGUCUUUUAUCUCUUAGUAACUGACAGAGAUUCUUAGUCAACUAUUCAGUAUCCAUCCACUCUUUUUUUCUUUAGUAAGAAAGCCCAAUUUUUAUUGGCCGGGAAUGAAAAGACAGAAACUUGGCUUCUCUUGAAGCUAGGAAGCUUUGUGUAGAAGGUCUAGGAGGGCUUCUUAAGGAUGCACCAGACAGCUGUUAGGUCCUCUGCGUCCUUCUUCCUUCUGCAUCUUCCUUGGAAUCAUGGAACUACUGGCUGGACCAGCAAGGACCAAGAAACUGUGCUGACAGUGGAAGCCAUGUGCAAAGCGAUAGAAAGGCAGAAGGACCCCGGACUGUCAAUGGCAUGGCAGAAUUGCCACACAAGCCCUAAACUGCC